AUCAAGAAGGCCAAAGUAAAAUUGGCAAGUAAGUGCCUAAAUUAAUAAAGUGAAAGUCAUAAACUUACACUUAUUUUAGUUUGCUAAAAUAAAACCUUAAAGCCAAUUAAAAGUAAAGUUAAAUAUUAGAUACUAAUUUCGGCUUACCCUAAAUUCACUAAAUUGAGUGGACAUUGUUUAAAAAAUUGUAAUAUUUUACGACAUAGUAGUAUAGUAAUUUUAGUUUUAGUUAUGAUUUUAGUAGACUUAGGCUUAGGACUUAACUGUAACUUAUAACUUAACCUAUGAAUUAUAAUUUAGUAAUUAAGCAUAAAAAAUGCCAUUCAAUUAUAAAGUAAGUAAAGUAAUUGUAAUAAUAUGUAAUUAUAGGUGACCUUAGCCUUAGGGUUGGUGCACAUAUUAUAUUAUAAUUUAUUAAAAUUAAUAUACAAAUUUAUAUAAUGCUACUACUAAUACCUAUAGUAUCAGUAUAUGAUUAUAGUAUACAUUAUAUAUAAUAAUAGGCUACAUAUACUUUAUUAGACUAUACUUUAUAUAAUUAUUAAAAUUAAAAAUUAAAUUGUAAAUCAUGACAUUUUUUAAUUAUUUUUGGCACUCCUCCGAGCCCGGUCCCAAAUUCAAAACCCUGACCCUAGUAAAACACAUAGAAUGGAUUGGAAACCAUCCAUGAUCCAUGGCCUGUUCAACCUUGUUGAACUUGAAACUAAUUCUGACACUCAAUUCUGUAAAUGUUUCUGUAGUUUACAAUGAUUCCCCUAGUUUCCCCUAGUUUCAAUGCUUCCGAAAUGCAUAACAUGUUUGGAUUUUACUUCAUACUUUGUAAGCCCAAUAGAAUAUCAUUAUGAUGAUUUUUUAUGUGGCAAGCCCACAGUCUGCAAAAAAUGACCUGGUGUGUAUACUGCAGGUCCUUCACUGAUGGCAUUUCCAUCAGUAACUAUCAGGUGACAAUGCACAUCAGAUUAAAUGCAUAAGACAUUGAUUGACAAUUAUGAGAUGGUGUUCAGCGCAAAAGCAUGCUGUCUUACAGUGCCUUCAGCGUUGAGUCAUAAAUUUGCAGAAUGUUUCCUGGCAAAAAAUUAUGUACAAAAUGAUCCAGUGAUUGCGUUCUGAUGGUCAUGGUAUUGUUUAUUUUAUAUUACUACAAGCAACUAGUCUGCAAGAAAGCUUCAUUCAUUUAGAAUCCUGGACAUUACAUCAUAAAUUAUCAGGGCCACCUGAGACUUUCUAAUGAAAAGUAUAUUAUUUGACAUUUGGGACUGUCUUUCUGAGGAUUUCCCAUUUUUGACCCACUCCCUACCACUUAUUAACGUUAUGUAACAAAAUUCUGUUGACCACCUUCAUAUAUUCUAUAACAUUUAUUGCAAAACAACCCCCUCGCCAAUAAACCAUUGUCAUACUAGUCAUAGGUACAAAAAUUUAAUUUUGACAACUUUUGCUGUUUACAAAUUUGUAAUUAAAUACCAGUAUUCAGUCCUGUAAGAUUUCAGGAAAACUGUUAAGACUAGAACUAAUAAAAUGUGCCUUUAAAAUUUUGCAAAUUUACUUGAAAAAAUUAACUAAUCAAGAUUUAAUGCAUAAAAAUAAGAAUUAAUUGCAAAAAAAAAAAACCUACACAAAUAGAAAAAAAAAGUUAAAUAACAAUUCCCCAAACCCCCCCCCCCCCCCCUUUCCCCCCACAGUAGUUGUUUAACUAAAAUAUUUAUUAUAUUAAAAAGUUUAAUAUAUACAAUUAAUGUAUUAAAAUGGUAUCUCAUUAAAAACAUUUUUAACAUUUCAGAUAAAGAAAUGGCUGAAAGUAUAAUAGAAAAACUAAAUGGAGCUUUUAAAUUGUUGUCAACUGAAAUGAAAGGUAAUUCAUAUGUUCAUUCAAAGAAAGAAGCAUGAUGACGUGACCAUGAUAUCAAGAAAAUUUUUCUCAAACAUCUCAUUCACUAAAAAAAAACAACUAGAAAACAAAGUCUUGUGCAAUGUUGAGGUGUAAUUUGUUUGUAUGCAGCAUUGAACCAGAUCCUAUGCUAAAAAUAUCUCCUCCGAACAAAAGAUUUUUGUAGACACAUCUCUGAACUGCUCUUAAUCAUAAUCAUAAACCGAUUGCAAUUGUAUCCUAAAAAAUUAUUUUUUUAAGGCCAAGAACUAAAAUUUUUAAAAAGAUUUUAGAAAAACCCCAUAGUAAUAUGCAUGAACACACUAUUCAGUGUUCCCUUAUACUUGAGGUGUAGUAGGUAAAAUAAUCAUGCACAAAAAAUCUUCAAGAUAACACAAAGCCAAAGAUUUACUUUGAAAAGAAAAAUACCUUUAAGAAGAACAUUCUAAUAGAAACUUAUUAAAGUCUAGAUGCUAAUGGAAUUAAACAUCACAAUGAGCGUAACCUGUAAUGUAUCUUAUAUCAGAUUGGUAUCCUGUAAUAGAAACACUUGAUGCUCCACCAGACUCUUUGAAUUUUCAUAGAAAAUAUGUCUCCCAGAACAGACCUGUUGUCAUAAGAAACGCAGUAACUCAUUGGCCAGCUCUGACCCGAUGGUCCGAGAAGUACUUCAGGUAAGGAUCUUUGAUUCUAUGAAUAGGACAGUUUUCCCCAAAUAACUUGAAUUGAUCUUUGAAGCCUACUCUAAUUUUUUUUAAAAUGCUCUGUAUUUUAUUUGACCAUAAGGGCCAGGAGAAGUCUUGUCUUGACUUACCUACUUCCCAGCCCAGGAUUUUAUAGUUAUAUUGAUAAGUUCUUUUGGGCUUUUUAUGAUUUAGAUAGGAACUCUAAUUGAUUUUACAGAGUAUUGAAUGAAGUUUGAUUCAGUAAAGUAUCGCCCCUGCCAUAAUUCUUGAUCGCUGACGUUUCCAACCUUUUUAAAAAUAUAUCACACAUCAUGCUCUGAUUAACUUUCUAUUUUAUCAUGAUGAGAUGCCAAAUUUAAUCUGAGGCUGUGUUGAUUUUUGUUUUCUUGCAGGGACACAAUUGGUGAUGCCACGGUGACGGUUGCGGUGACACCUAAUGGCUAUGCAGAUGCUAUCUACAAGGGUAAAUUUGUUAUGCCAGAGGAGCGCAAGAUCUGUAUGUCCGAGUUCUUAAAUGUCUUAUUUAGUCCGGAGGAAGAACGUAAAUCGAAAGGUGUUUUUUACAUCCAAAAACAGAACUCCAAUCUGAAUGAUGAAUUUUCAACUUUAAUGAAAGAUGUAGAUCCACAUGUUAAAUUUGGGACGGAGGCAUUUGGUAAGUAGGUUAUUUAAAAAAAAAAAUCCUUAAUAUGUUUUUUGUGAAACUGAAGUUAAUCAACUUGUUAAAUAAAUGUAUUAUUAUUUGAUAAAAUAUGUUAUAAAUAAAGAUGUUGUUUCAUUUUAUUUUUUAUUUAUCAAUUUAUUUUACACCAUGAAAGCACGGGAAAAAAAGGACAUUAUUCCAGGGAUUCGGAGUCUUACAAGUAUCUCAUAAUACACAUAUAAUUAUAAGGUUUAAAUACAAAAUAAUUUAACAAACCACAAACCUGUGCAUUACAUCAUUCUUCCAGAUUAGAAUGUUUCAAGAAAAUUUUAGUCUCUAUCACUGGUUUGUGUUGAUAUAAACUUGACCUUUUUUUUAUAUGUUUGUUCUUUUAAUAAGAGCUCACCUGUUUUAAAAUGUAUUUUCUUUGUUCAUGUGGUAAGCAUAGACAUGUAAUUAACUGUGAUUGAAAGGGUGGGAAAAAUGACUUUAAUGCUCUAUUAGAUGUCGAGCCUCAUGAGCAAACUUAUUAAUGCUUUACUAGGUGCUGAGCCUGAUGCAGUCAACUUUUGGAUGGGUGAUGAAAGAGCUGUAACCUCAAGUAAGAAAUGUCACUGGUGAAGAAAUUUUUUAUGAAGAAAUAAGCGGCAAUAUUGGUAGGCAAUUGUCACUUUCACCUGAUAGCAUUUAAUAUUAAUGACUAUUAUGUACGAAAAAAAAGAGAGUCUGUUAAAUUGGAAGUAUUCAAGUGGUUGAAAAAUUAAUCUCAUUACAAAAAAAAAAAAAUAAUAACAAGUACAAAUAAAUAAAUGUAACAGUACCAAGGGGUGAAAUGUGUUGGCGAGUAGAGCACAAUUUUAAAUUUCUUUAGAAUAUAGGAAAUGAGGUCUUGACAACUAUAGCUUUAUUUUUUCUAAAAGUAGGGUAGUAAAAGCAGAAAAUGUUUAAAAAAGGGACACUAUAAGAACAAUCAAGUUAAGUACACGAGCGAAAUAAUUAAGAAUAAGUUUUGCUCUCUGCAAGUAGGCUUGUUGAUUUAAAUCCAACGGUCAGAAUGGGCCACUUCGAUGCAGCAGUUGUGUGAACACACAGGAGAACAAUAACAUCAUUAUUUGUCUUCUGCUGUCAUACUAGCAGAGAGAAUAAGAGAGCGCCAUGUACACCAGAUGGUAAAGACAAAGGAGAUUAUGUCAAAUCUUAUAAAACCGCUGGCACAAUUCCUGUCCUUUUGGAUGGCACAUCUGGGGUGCAAUAGCAUAGGGAGCAUCUUUGCUGACCCUGACACUAUUCACUUCACACUGCUUGAAGCAGACCCUCAUAUAUUUUCCAAAAAUAAUAACGUGGAUAUUGUGUGGGAUGAUUUGUUAUUUCAUUUCCUAAAAUAAUAAUGUGGAUAUUGUGUUAGAUGAGUUAUUUCCUAAAAUAAUGUGGAUAUUGUGUGGGAUGAUUUAUUUCUAAUAUAAUAAUAUGGGUAUUGUGUGGGAUGAUUUGUUAUUUCCUAAAAUAAUAAUGUGGAUAUUUUGUGGGAUGAGUUAUUAUUUCCUAAAAUAAUAACAUGGAUAUUAUGUGGGAUGAUUUGCUACAUCUUUUAGAAAUGCUUGAAUGCUAAAAAAAUAUCUUUACAUUGUCAGUGCACAGAGACCAUUAUGAGAACCUGUACUGUGUAGUGUCUGGACAAAAAACAUUCACUUUACUUUCACCAACUGAUCUUCCCUUCAUACCUUAUGGCAAGUUCCUUAAUUUUAUUUCCUCACAACCUGCAUACUUUGUGAUGUUGUUUUAAUGUAAUGUAACAGUAUUUUUUUUUUUUUUAAAUGUUCCAAAAAUUUCAAAUGUUGGGGGGAAAAAAAGAUACCAAACUUCCAUUUAAAAACUUUGCAAAGAUUGUAUAAGAAAAUAAUUCCUGAUUCUUCAUCUAACCUGAUACGGAAAGCUGAUACCUAUAAUUAAAAGACUUAAUUUUUUUGUGUGCAUAGUUUCUUGUUUGCUCAUGAUAAUUUAGACCUCAGUAAACAACCUAAUUUCUCAGUUAGUAAAGUUUGUGGUAUAUGCAUAUACACAUGUAUCAGUAAUUAGUUCUUGACAUGUAAUAUUAUAUUAAACUCAACUCACAGAAAGCUGUAACUCUGCUGUGUACAAAGAAAAUAUGCAAGGCGGCUUUGACAUUGUGGAUGUGGAUGAGAAUGGUGGAGGCAAUAGCAUGGUAAGCUGAGCGUUUCACAUACUGUUGGUACACUACUGCUGAAAUAACAUGGCCGCUUAUCUGUAUACAUUCUUUGUCUGAAGGGUUUAAAUUUAAUAAGUCACUUUAGCAAAAUGUUUUUAUAAAGGAUGAGGGAAAUGGUUAGCCCUGGAUACAAAUGAGAAAGCGUAUGACUAUGAAUUUUACAUGUAACGUAAUUUUAAAAAAUCCAUCUUGUCACGAUUAAAUUUAAAUGAAAAUCUAAAUUACUGUGUUUUUUGGUGUAUAAUACGCACUUUUUCUCCAUGAAAAUCGGGGGCAAAUCAUGUGUUUAAUUUUUUUUCCUAAAAUUUCCUUCUUAAAUUGAGGUGUGUGUUAUACGCGAGGGCGUGUUAUACAUCAAUAAAUAUGGUAUAUGUCAAUAAGUUAAAUGAAUUAGAAAGUGGUAGACUGAGACUCAAUGAUGCAAAACACUUGAUUUCUCAACAAUUUGAGGUUCAUUAGCUUCAGGGUGGACUAAAUUAUUUGAUUUUUACAACUUUUUGAAGAACUUUAUCUGAAUCUUUAAAAAAAAAAAAAAGAUUCACUUAAGUUAAAUAUAAUGGUAUGGAUUCUGGAUGGUACUGUUUUGGACAGAAAUGGUUUCUAAACAAAUAGAUUGUGCCACAGUAGUUAAAUGAAUGUCUCAAGAGCAAUACAAGUCCACACACGCUCUCUGGUCAUCAAGUUAACAAUUUGUAUACAAUUAAAUCCUUUCUUGUACUUGUACAUCUGUGAUCACCCUGUUCUUAUAAUAUAUACUCCCACGAAUGAAGCGUUAUGUGACUUGCAGGUAUCAUGGAUAGCUGUUGACCCGUUGAACCCUGAUCUGGACAAGUAUCCGCAGUAUGCUCAUGCCAGACCCCUAACGGUCACAAUAAAUCCGGGGGAGACUCUGUACCUGCCCUCCCUGUGGUUUCACCAUGUUCAGCAAUCCCAUGGUUGUAUCGCAAGUAAGUCAUGUUAAAAUUAUUCUAAAUAUUAGUAAAAAUGAGCAUCGGGGUGUUGGUAAAAUCCCCAGUUAAAAAAAUUGAUUGAUGGCAAUCUGUAUUUGAUAGAACUGUGAGAAUAAAUGUAACAGGAAGUGUAAGAGUUACACAAGAAAAAAGUUAGGCAAAUAAAAAAAGUUUUAAGCUUUGGGGUUUAGAAAGGAAAAAAACAACUUUAUAAAUUAAAAUGUAGGUACAACUUGGCAAAAAGUCAAUCCAUGAUAUUGAUAAAAAUGCUUUGCUUUUUGGUCCAAUUUUAGUCAACUACUGGUAUGACAUGGAGUUUGACAUUAAAUGGGCUUACUACAAAUUCUUGGAGACAAUUUCAUCAAGUCAGCAGUUCUGAUAUGCAAGGGGACAGAAACAAUGAACAGUAUGUGGAUGGAGCCUUUAUGUAGAUGUUUGACUAACAGACUGGUAGUAGAUGGUCGAGUUAAUAGAACCUGUAUGUAGAUGGUUGAAUCAACAGCAUCUGGGUGUAAAUGUUAAUGGAAGCUGGAUGUAGAUGAUUGAGUUAGCAGAACCUGGAUGUGGAUGGUCGAGUUAACAGAAUCUGGAUGUUUGAGUUAACAUAAUCUGGAUGUGGAUGGUUGAGUUAAUAGAGUAUGUUUAAUUGUGUGAUUGGCGUUUCAGGAGAUGCAUUUAAAUUUUUAUUUUAUAAGGUUUUAAAUGUACUAAGAAUUCA